CCGCGGCACCGGCGACUCACCCGGAAGGAGAAGCGGUGACUCGGGAUAUAUGGUGGGGUGCUGGCGGUGUCGCUGUGGGGAGCUGGUGCUGCUCUCAGGAGUCAGCCCGGAUCAUUUGUUGGCAGUACAUAUUGGCUGAAGUCAGUUUUCAUUUCAAGAUGUUUUCUUCCAAUGGGUGUUUGGUGUAGGAUGUCAGAGAACCAAGAGCAGGAGGAAGUGAUCACUGUGCGUGUUCAGGACCCCCGCGUGCAGAAUGAGGGCUCCUGGAAUUCUUAUGUGGAUUAUAAGAUAUUCCUCCACACCAACAGCAAGGCUUUUACUGCAAAAACUUCCUGUGUGCGACGCCGCUACCGAGAGUUUGUGUGGCUGAGAAAACAGCUCCAGAGGAAUGCUGGUUUGGUGCCUGUACCUGAACUUCCUGGCAAGUCAGCCUUUUUUGGCAGCUCGGAUGAGUUCAUUGAGAAGCGACGACAAGGUCUGCAGCACUUCCUGGAAAAGGUCCUGCAGAGUGUAGUCCUCCUAUCAGACAGUCAGUUGCACCUCUUCCUGCAAAGCCAGCUCUCAGUACCUGAGAUAGAAGCCUGUGUUCAGGGCCGAAGCCCUAUGACUGUUUCUGAUGCCAUUCUUCACUAUGCUAUGUCAAACUGUGGCUGGGCCCAGGAAGAGAGGUCGAGCGCCUCUCACUUGGCUAAAGGAGACCAGCCUAACAGUUGCUGUUUUCUUCCAAGAUCAGGGAAGAGGAACUCUCCCUCACCACCUCCCAGUGAAGAGAAGGACCCUUUAGAAGUGUGGGUUCCUGUGGUUGACUCUGAGGCUCCUUCCUUGGAAAGUCCCACCCUGCCACCUCAAUCUUCAUUGUCAUGCUGUGAUUUUUCAAGAUCUGAUGAGGAAACCUCUGCUCUCCAGCCUGUGAGGAAGGCUAUGGGAAGGGACCAUGCUGUGCCUUUGGACCUGGAUCAGUUAGACUCAGUUUGGGAAAAGUGAGCUCUGUUCUGUUCUUCUCUGCUCUGCUCUGCUCUGCUUUGAGGCAGAUGAAGGAGAUGCAGGCCAUGAGUUUUGGGCACAGGGCAGGUGUGGGGGAAGUCAGGCUGCUUAGCAUCUGACAGUUGCCUCUGCUCUGGUUGGCUACAUAGAGGUUGGUUGUGACUGUCCUUCAUGCCUCUUCCAUAGGAACAGACACCACACACUUGUUUGUAAGUUAGGCCAGAGGUUGUUGGUUUUGAAUGGAACCCUGUUUUUACUGUUGCAGGAGUUGAGUUUCUUCAGGUGUUUGUUUAUAGGCUCAGGAGCACUGCCUCUAGUGACUGGUUUUUGGGACCUAUAUGUGGUAGAUUCUAAGCUGCCAGAUUGAAUAUUGUCCCAACAGGGAUGCUUAUAUAGUUAUAUUUCCAUCUUGGCUGGCAUCAGUUUUUGCUGCAGCCCCUGGAGCACUUUGUUUUAGAGAGGCUGGCCUCUCUCAUUUACCUCUUAGAAUGACUUCCAUCACUAAUACCACUGAAUGGAACUGGUGCUGUGACUCUUGUUGCUGGCAUUUCCAGUGGAUCCCAGGACCUCAGUUGGGCUAAGUGGAGCCUAAGAGCCAUGCGUAGCUUAUGGCUCAUGAGAGAGAAGGGGUGGUCAGAGGAAAAGGCAGCAUAUCAGGGGCUUUGUUUUGGAAAAGGUUGUCCUGGGCUGUCACUGCCUUCUGCUUAUAAAGCAGAACCUUGGUUAUCUUUUCUGCAAGAUCAAAGUGGGUUCUUUUCUUUUUUGAAUUCUUCUCCUUUAGUAAUAGCUCCCUACCCCCAGGGCUUCAUCCGCCACUGAGUCCCUCUGCUGUGUUGCAGGGAGGCUGUAUAUUAGUAUGUUCAGUCCAGUGGGGCAUCCGGGCUUUGUUUCUGCCUGGAAAAGAGGGCUCUGGGGAUGGAGAUGAGAAACAACAUGCCUUCCUUCAGACAAUGAGGCAUUCUGCCCUCCUGCUGCCAUAAUUCCUCUCCACUGAGAGCCAGAGCUGAUAGGAGCAGUGCUGCUGGCUUCCUGCAUUGCUCUGCUCUCGGGUUCAUGUGUGUGGCUUUUACCCCUCUAGCCCACUCCUCCCCCCUCUAGUGAACCUGCCUGUCGGUGGUUUCUUUUACUACCAGCCUCUGUUGUGGGACUGUCAUGGCAUUUAGUUCAGAGUUGAGGGGCUUUGGCCUGAAAUAAAAUGCAAGUAUUUAAGACUGUUGUUGCAAUUUGUGUCUAACAAGCUGUAGCAGAGAAGGAGGGAGUGAGGGCUGGCAGUAGUUACUUUCAUAAAUCAUGAAUUUAUCAGCAUGGAAAUAAUGGUUCAGGACUGUGCACUGUAGCUCUCCUGCAUUGUGUGUGAGCUCAAGUUCACCACUGGAGGAAGGAUUGUCUUCCAAAUACUCAGGAUCCAGCUCUUCUCACAGUUCUGGGCAUGAACCUUGUUAGGUAUAAUUUACCUGAUGCUGCUUCCAUCCUCGAAGCCUGUCUGAGGUGCCAGGUGCUAAAAGAGAAAUAAAGUUUGUCAACAGGCAGAUGCAAAA